AGGAAAUUUGACAUUUGUAGUGACACCAUCUUUCGAGCCGCUCCGGGAGUAAGAGAGGUAUAUCUGUACUCGCACGGAAAUACAGCCGUACUGAGGGGCUGGGCCGCUAAGGACGGACUUGCAAAGCUUUUGAGCAACGAGAACGAUGAGAAAGACUGCGAUGAGUACAAGGCAGAAUUUGAACAAAGGCUUCGGGAAAACUGCAAAAACCUUAUCCCCAAAGUUGAGAUCGUUCCAUUCAAUGAGGCAUCGACUUCGAUCCCGCCAAAAGUUAGCACAACGGUGGAAAGUCCGGCUGAAGCUCCAACUUCCAGUGAAAAAUCCAUCUCCGAAGACUGGAUCAGGCUCCUUGAUCCGUACAAGAAUUUCAUGACGAGGAUCAACAGAAAUCUCCAAAAUCAAGUCAGUGUCAAAGUGGCGAUUCUUGAUGACGGCGCAGAUGUGAGCCAGUUUGAGGGAUCAAAUCAACAGGGCGAAACCUUCCACCCAGAACACGAUUGGUUUCUUGGCCAGUGCAGCCACGGCACAGCAAUGGCUCGGUGUGUCCGAGACAUCUGCCCUGGUGCGGAACUCCUGGUCUACCGGCUGGAUAACUCAGGCAAAUCAGAUAGCAAGCAGCGAUUCACCAUCAAGUCAUGUACAGAGGUAUGUUUUAUGUCGGUAUAUGAAUAUCAGGCCCUUCAACACGCCAGGAAGAUGGGAGCGGACAUUAUCUCAAUGAGCUGGAGCUAUCAAAGAGAGCGAAGCUCGACCGAUACGGACAAGGAGGAGUUUGAGAAACUUGUCGCUGAUACCCUGCAGGACAAAAAGUCGAUUCUCUUUGCUUCACACCCAGACGUGGGAGCGAUAAAAGAGAUAAGUGAUUUCGCGCCCGUCAGCCUAGAGGGGAUCAUCCGAAUCUGUUCUGCCACGAUAUAUGGUGCUAUGUCAAAGGAAAACCUUUACGCGACGGCAGAUUUUAUUCUGCCUGGUGAAGGUUUACAUAUGAAGGAUAUUUGGAAGGAUCCAGUUAGGGGCAGCUCAUUUGCGACUGCCUAUGCAGCAGGUCUCGCGGCUUUAGUCCUUUAUACACUCCGUGCCCAUUUAAACUGCAUGGAGGACGACACCGACGAUAGCGGCACUGCAAAGAAGUUGCUAAACAUUGUGAGCCGCCAUCAAGGGAUGAGAAAGGUUUUCCGCAUCCUAGCCAAGGAAGACCCGGAGAAUACUACAGCCCAUAAUUGUUUCGUGCGGCCCUAUUUCAAUCUGGAAGGGUGUGACGAAGACGAUCUAGAGAGGCAGAAGAAGCAUUUACAAACUGUUGUGAACAACAUUGUUCCCCAAAGGGUUCUGUCGGCC